ACAACAAAAAAAAGUGAACCAAUUAAACAAAAAUAACAAGUAGAUAAUUGUAAAAGUGUGUGUAAAACUUAGGCAAGAGGGCAUGGUGAAAUGAUAGGAGGAUACAGUAAAAACUUCUGAAGUUCAUACUUCAAUGAUUGGCAUUUUGGGUAAUACUUCAGAAACUGAUAGCAUGAAGGGGCUUCGUUUCUAAUUAAUCGCCUGAAGGCCUCCACCCCUAUCCCACGGCGCUAGCCUGUAAGCCUCAAGAUGGCCAGUCUCAGUGGGCUGAGCAUUAUGUCCUAGGAACUAGUAGGUGCUCAGUAGAUAUUGGCUGAGUGAAAUGAGUAGGUGAAUGGAUAAAUGUAGCUCAGUUCCCUUGUUUUACAGGUGAGAAAACAGAUUUAGAGGACAAGGUGACUUACACAGGAGGACACAGUCAUUUAGUGGCAGAAUGGAGACCGUGGCCAGACCUCAGUUUCUAGGACCCAAGCCCUCUUCAGUGACCAUGCAGCCUGUUAGGGUCCAAACAGAUCCACCGUCGGCACCCUGCUGGCAUCCCAGGUAACCUGUUCUAAUGCCUCGCAGUUGCUAGUCCCAUAAUGUUGUCUCUUUGCUUCUCUCCCUUUCCCUCCCUGCCUUUUCUUCUGGCCUGAGUGGUUUGUAAACUCACCACAGACACCUCCAUGCAGCUUGUGAAACCCACCGGAGCAAUUUUGUUUUUCUCCUUGGUGAUCAUAAAUAGUGAUGAAUGAAAAAAAGAGCUGCAGCAGCCCAGGGAGCGGGAUUCGUGACACGACAUCAGAGCCCUCCCCACUCCUGCAGCUGGGUGGGCAGGGGUGGGGGGUGGUUUCCCCGGGCUGCUGGUGGAGAAGAGGGUGGCAGGGUUGUUUCUGUACCUGCCCGUUAGUUUUAGUAACCCCACGGUGGCUGUCACGUGGGCCGCACUACCUGCCACAUACCCUCUUUCACUUUGUUCUUAAAGCUAGGAUGGAAAUUCUACGAUGCAGAUGACUAUCACCCAGAGGAAAAUCGGAUGAAGAUGGGAAAAGGGAUACCUCUGAAUGACCAGGACAGGAUUCCAUGGCUCUGCAACUUGCAUGACAUUUUACAAAGAGAUGUAGCCUCUGGACAGCAUGUAAUUCUUGCCUGUUCAGCUCUGAAGAAAGUAUACAGAGACAUCUUAAUACAAGGAAAAAAUGGUGCACCUCUGAAGUGUGAUGAGUCAGGAAAAGAAGAAAAGCUGGCUGAAGUGAAGCUCCUUGUGGUCCAUCUGACUGGGUCGUUCGAGGUCAUCUCUGGACGCUUACUCAAAAGAAAAGGGCAUUUUAUGUCCCCUGAGUUAUUGCAGUCCCAGUUUGAUACUUUGGAGCCCCCAUCAGCUCCAGAAAAUUUCAUUCAAAUCAGUGUGGACAAAAAUCUUUCAGAGAUAAUUGCUACAAUUAUAGAAACUCUAAAAUGAAGUGAGAAUCAUCUAUAUCAGUGGUCCAGAACACAACUGGGCAUAACUCUGUCUCCCAUCCCAAACCAUGUUCCAAUAUCCUUGUUGAUACUGUAUUCUAGAUUCUUCUUAAGGUGAAUAAACCAUAAUGUAUUGAGA